AUGGGGAUCCUCGUACAGUUGCUCUGGUCUGCUGCCCUUGAGCAACUGGAGACACCACCUCCUACACCCUGGGUUUCUCCCAAGCCGUCACCUCCAGUUAGGAAAGUCACUCCUAAACAAGUUGUGAGGGAGAGUUUCCUUGCUCCACCCAGCCCUGAACCCCGUGAGUGGAGGACCAUCAGUCAGGGCAGCAAGACGAGCCAUCCUCGGGAACCUCCCCAGUCCAGAGGUUUACCCCAGCCCAGGAUGGUUCACCAGCAGGAGGAGGAGAGCUUCCUUCCACUGAACCCCGUCUGGUUCAGUGGCACAGCCCUAAGUGCCAUGGAGAAAGUCUCUCCCUCUCACCUGUCUUGCCUGGUGGACUUUAAGUCUUCUCCAAAGCCUAAGAAGGUGGCAUCCUCUACUGCUAAGAGUCGGUCCCGCCCGCGUGACAGAACCCCUCCCUGCCCCCGUUCUCCAGUGAGCGAGACGGCUGGAACGCCUCCAGCCUCGCGUUCCUGGAGAUCGAAGGAGGACGACGCCCCUUUAGACCCUGCUUCCUCAGCUCAGGCGGUGGCUGCUCCGGCAGCGCUGGUUGACUCACCCCCAGCCAGACUGUCCUGCAGUUUGGGUGAGACAGACACCCCCGUCUGUUCUCCAAUUGCAAAGACAGCCAAGGUUCUGACCCCCUCACCAGAUGGACAGGCCUGGACCAUCAUGGAUGUGGACAGUGAUCCUCCUUUACCUGAGAAGAUUCACCAGUAUUUGCAUUUAUCAGAUGACCCGAACACCAACUCCAUCCAAGGCCCAGUCACCCUGGUUCAUGACGGCUGCAUCCACCUCAUCUGA